AUGAAGAAAGAUAAAAGGUCGAUCGCUUUCCAAACUGAUGGUAAGGUUCUCACAAAGUCUGACAUUCCAAAUGACAACCUAAGAACAACUUACAAAGAAAAAACACGCUUUCUCGUUUCUAAUCCCGGCGAACAAGUCUUACCAUCGAAAGUUGGAUUGUCAACGCUUCACCAAGGGUUCAUGAGCUUAGCCAGCAAGGAUAAGAGGCAACAAAGCACGGUUGAUAGAGAAGAGAUAGCAACUAGUGGCAGGAAAGCAAAAAGUACAUUUUCCGCAAAAGAUGGAAAGAAGGGAACCCAAUCACUAUGGUUACCUACGAGAGCCUUUCUGGAAUCAAACUGUCCAAUGACGCAUACGAAGACGAACAUCAGAUUUAUUCGUCUAACCUAGAUUCACUUGCACUGGAAAAGUGCAUUUGUCAAGAAUUUAAUGUCGCAAAUCAGUGGUAUAAAAACAAUGGCAUGAUUGCUAACGAGAAAAAGCACCAAGCUCUAAUCCUGGGAAAAAACUGA